AAAACUUCUCCAUAGUUGGUAUGAGAUUUGAUGAUAUAUUUAGAUAUUUCUUCUUCAACCCGUCUACUGAUUUCAACCAUCUACCCAUCCUGAUUCAAGUUGUCAACUAUGUCUUCCUCUUCACAGAAUUAUCUGAAAAUAGGUAUAAUUGGGUUUGGCCCUUUUGCUCAAUUCUUGGUGAAAACCAUGAUCAAGCAAGGCCAUUCCAUCAGGGCAACCUCAAGAUCAGAUUACACUGACCUCUGCACUCAGUUGGGCGUUUCAUUUUUCAGAGAUAUGAAUGCAUUCCUUGAAUCCAACAAUGAUGUUAUACUUCUGUCCACGUCGAUUCUGUCUCUGUCACAAGUGAUCAAGUCACUGCCGUUGAAUUGCUUAAGAAAACCAACACUCUUUGUUGAUGUGCUCUCGGUGAAAGAAUACCCUAGAGACCUUAUGCUGCAAGUGUUGCCUAGUGAUUCUGAUGUGUUGUGCACACAUCCAAUGUUCGGCCCAGAAAGCGGGAGACAUGGGUGGAAGGAUCUUAGUUUCAUGUAUGAUAAAGUUCGGAUAACAAAUGAAGCUACUUGCUCAAGUUUCUUGCAGAUUUUUGCAUCUGAGGGUUGCAAAAUGAUGGAGAUGGCUUGUGAAGAGCACGAUAAAUUAGCUGCCAGGAGUCAAUUCCUCACCCACACCAUUGGCAGGGUCUUGGCAGAAAUGGAAGUCGAACCAACUCCCAUAGACACGAAGGGAUUUCAGAAGCUGGUGGAAGUGAAGGAGAGCACAUCAAGAGAUAGUUUUGAUCUGUUCAGCGGCUUGUUUGUCCAUAAUAGGUUCGCCAAACAACAGUUGAGAGAAGUAGAGCUUGCACUCGAAACGAUCAAGCAACAGCUGCUCAAGAGGAUGACGAACGAGGAGCUGGAACAGAGCUGAAUCACUUUGCAGCUGACAAUGACAAGUUUAGCCGAAUGAAAACGCUCCUUUUCACGUAUUCUUUUCUAUUGGGAACAAUUACUGGAUAUCUCUGUAAGAUAUCUCAUCAAACGUUUCCAAGCUGGUACUGAAAUUGAAUUUGUAGAUGUCAAGGAUAGCAGGUUUUUGAGAGACUUGAUAGUUUUGGGGCAUGCAUGCGUUUUCAAUUAAGUAAACUUUAA